UUCAUUCAUUCAUAUCGGUAUCGUCUCCAACACAGUCACACAACAAACCUCAGAAAAACAACAAACACACACAACACAAAAAAACCGAACAACAAAAAUGGGUGUCACGGUUCCAGAAAACCUAAACAGAGAACAGUACGUGUACCUAGCAAAGCUCGCAGAGCAAGCAGAGCGCUACGAGGAAAUGGUAUCCUUCAUGCAGAAGCUAGUGGUAGUGUCCACACCCUCCUCCGAGCUCAGCGUGGAAGAGAGGAACCUGAUAUCCGUCGCUUACAAGAACGUGAUCGGGUCGCUACGUGCUGCGUGGAGAAUCGUUUCGUCGAUUGAGCAGAAGGAAGAAGGUAGAAAGAAUGAUGAGCAUGUUGUGCUUGUUAAGGAGUAUAGAUCUAAAGUUGAAACUGAGUUGACGAAUGUUUGUGCUAGUAUUUUGGAGCUGUUGGACAAGAAUUUGAUACCUUCGGGGUCUUCGAGUGAGAGCAAGGUUUUUUAUUAUAAGAUGAAAGGGGAUUAUCAUAGGUAUUUGGCUGAGUUUAAGAUUGGGGAGGAGAGGAAAUCUGCUGCUGAGGAUACUAUGUUGUCUUACAAGGCUGCACAGGAUAUUGCUGCUGCUGAUCUUCCAUCUACUCAUCCAAUAAGAUUGGGUCUGGCUCUCAAUUUUUCUGUUUUCUAUUAUGAAAUUCUCAACCAGUCUGACAAAGCUUGUGCCAUGGCCAAACAGGCUUUUGAGGAAGCAAUUGCUGAGCUGGACACAUUGGGGGAAGAAUCUUACAAAGACAGCACACUUAUAAUGCAACUUUUGAGAGACAACCUCACCCUUUGGACUUCUGAUGUUCAGGACCAGCUAGAUGAGCCCUGAUUUCCCUUAUAGGUUGACGAGUCGUAUUCUUCCCUCUGAAGGAGGUGGGCUAUGAAUGUCAUUUAUGUGUUGAUUAAGAAUCGCCCUAGUUUAUAAAUUUACUGGCAAUCUGUGGUAUAGUGUCAUAUGAACCUGUCUUGUGUUUUUUUAUGUCUGAUAUGAUUUGGAUCUGUUGUCCUAAUGGGAGCUCAAAUUAAAUUAUAUUAGUUGCAAUCUUCUUUUUCUUACGA